AGUAAGUAGCACAUUAUAACUUCAAAUUCAUGGUGGCUAGUUUACUUCCAUUUGCAUUCAGGCUACAGAGACAUUAGGAGAUUUGAAAUCAACCGGAGUUGAAUAACUAGUAGGCUAAAUGACAACUGUAAACUAGUAGCCACAGUGUGAUACAGGAGAAAUGGCCUCACGAUAUCCCUUAGAGGAGGAUCUCUCCUGUCCUGUUUGCUGUGAAGUCUUCAAGGACCCUGUUGUCAUGACGUGUUCUCACAGCGUGUGUAAGGAAUGCCUGCAGAAGUGCUGGCAGAGCAAAGGACUGAGGGAAUGUCCUGUCUGCAGAAGAAAGUCUUCAACAGAGAAUCCGCCAAUAAAUCUUGCGCUGAGGAAUCUCUGUGUGACCAUAUCAGGGGGGAGAUGCUCUUCUUCUGGGCCUGAGGUGCUCUGCAGUCUGCACAGUGAGAAACUCAAGCUCUUCUGUCUGGAGGACAAACAGCCUGUGUGUUUGGUGUGUCGAGACUCAAAGAAACACAGAAAUCACACCUUCAGUCCCAUAGAUGAAGCUGCAACAGAAUUCAGGGAGGAAGUUAUAACCAACCUGGACCCUCUCAGAAAGAAACUGAAGACCUUUCAAGAACUUAAACUAAUCUGUGAUCAAACAGCAGCACACAUUAAGACUCAGGCUCAACACACAGAAAAGCAGAUCAAGGAGGAGUUUAGGAAGCUUCACCAGUUUCUAUGUGAUGAAGAGGCAACCAGGAUAGCUGCACUGAAGGAGGAAGAGAAGCAGAAGAGUCAGAUGAUGAAGAAGACGAUUGAGAAGAUGAACAGAGAGAUCUUGAACCUUUCACACAUAUUCAGAGCCAUAGAAGAGGAGAUUGGAGGUGAUGACAUCACAUUCUUGCAGAACUACAAGAGUGCAGUGAAAAGAGCCCAAUGUACACUGCAGGAUCCAGAGAGGGUUUCAGGAGCUCUGAUCAAUGUGGCAAAGCACCUGGGCAACCUGAAGUUCAGAGCCUGGGAGAAGAUGCAGGAGAUUGUUCAAUACACUCCUGUGACUCUGGAUCCCAACACUGCACACCCAGAACUCCUCCUGUCUGAGGAUCUGACCAGUGUGAGAUGUGGUGAUGAGAGACAGCAGCUUCCUGAUAACCCAGAGAGAUUUGAUAAGUAUCUCAGUGUCCUGGGCUCUGAGGGCUUUAACUCAGGGACUCACUGCUGGGAUGUGGAGGUUGGGGACAGUACAUGGUGGCAUGUGGGUGUGAUGGCAGAGUCCCUCCAGAGGAAGGGAGACUUUAGCUCCAUGAGUGGACGGUGGCGUAUGGGGUAUACUGGUGGUAAAUAUGCAGCAUGUGCUCCACCUCAUUACCUCACUCUCCUCACAGUGCAGCAGAAACUCCAGAGGAUCAGAGUGCAGCUGGACUGGGACAGAGGAGAGCUGUCAUUCUCUGACCCUGAUAAUAACACACACCUACACACCCUCACACACACUUUCAGUGAGAGAGUGUUUCCAUACUUGAAUUUCACUGUGAAACGGUUUCCUCUGCAGAUCCUCCCAGGCUCAAUAACAGUAGAGCCACACAGUUAGAUCAUGCCUCUUUACAAUCACUGGAAAUAAUAGUUGAUGAAAUGAGAGAGACUUAGUAAUAUGAUUGUCUUAUCACCUGGAGAGAAGAAAUACUCUUUUCUGAUGGCUGGUGGGGUGGCUUUUA